UUCCACAACGUCUGACAUUGUGAUGGGUGUGCGCUUCGCGCUCACCCAAACACAUUCUCUCAAUAAGGUUAUUGCUGGCAAAAAACUUUCGGAUUAAUGAAAUAAUAAAGUAAACGCGUACUUUAUUUAUCAAUUACGACAAAAAUUACCCCAUUGUACAAAUAUAACGCGUCAGUUUAGCAAAUUUCAAAAAAUUGUUGCUGUUUGCAAAUUAAAAGAGUAUUACUGCAUUGGAAAUUGGAGACCUUCACAAUUAUUGUAAUCCUUGUGUUAAAAGUCAUGUCUCUGUUAACUUCAAAGCAGAAAGCUGAAUUAUACCUGGCAAUUCUUGACCACUUUGAAACCAAUGGAUUUCAGCGGUCGCACGACACGUUUAAAGAAGAAUUGGAGGAACGACAAAUCCAAUUGUCAAAGGGAAAGAGUCUCGAAAUUAGUAGAGCUAAUAAUCACCUCGAAAAAAAGUGGACAGGCUUGCUAAGACUACAGAAAAAAAUCUUAGAACUUGAGUUCUACAAUCGUAAGCUGGAAAAUGAACUUGUAAAAUUACAACCAUAUAAGGCUACUAAGGAAAUAUGGCUUCCGCAAAAAGAUGAUGAAGUGGAACUUCUGGGACACAGAAGCCCAAUUACUGCUUUGGCGUUCCACCCGUACAUUACAGUAGUGGCCUCUGCAAGUGAAGAUGCGAAAAUAAAAAUUUGGGAUUGUGAUACAAAUUCUCUCGAAACGACUCUUGUUGGACACUUCAAAAGCAUUCGAGCUCUUGCAUUUUCAGAAACGACUGGAAAUGAACAAGAAAAAGUAUAUCUUGCAUCAGGUGCAGAGGACGCAACUAUUUGCCUUUGGGAUGCUACCAGCGGAUAUGCGAAUCUUUACGCAUUAACUGGACAUGAGGCUACGGUGUCAUGUAUUCGAUUUUUAAAAGAGCAUGAUGGUCCUUUACUUUUGUUAUCGGGGUCAAAGGACGGAAGCGUCCGCUUAUGGGAUGUUGAAACUGGAGAAUGUGUUCGAGUUUUCAAUCAAUUUGGCUCACAGUGGGUCCGUGCACUGGCUGUUUUUGAGGACAAAGAGCACUUUGUGGCCGCAGGUAAUGAUGGAAAAGCACGAGUGUUAGAUCUCAGAAACGAAAGUGCUCGACCGAUUCUCUGCACGGGACAUUCACAUGUAAUUGAGUGUGUGGAAGUACUGCCAUCUACAGCAUAUCCCUACGUGCAGAAAUUUUUUGGACGAGAAGUAGCAGCACGUCAAGAAACAUUAUCACGGUUGUUAUUUUUAACUGGAUCCAGAGACAACAAAAUAUUCCUGUGGGAUGGUGCUACUGGGAAGCUGCUACAUAAGUUCGAAGGGCAUAAAAACUGGGUCCAUAGUAUUACGUUCCAUCCAUGCGGUAAGUAUUUCCUUUCGGUUUCGGACGAUCGGACGAUGAAGAUAUGGGACCUUGAGGGAGGUCAAGCCGUUGAAACCAUAUCUUUUCAAAACAGAAUUCCGCUAUGUGUCUGCUGGAAGCAUCCAAUGUCUUCAACCGAUGUACUCCAAAAUUACCUUAACUUAUUUGCCAGCGGUUGUAGUGAUUCACAUAUUCAAAUAUGGUCAUCACACAAAAGUAAUCCGGUUCAGAAAUAGUUUUUUGUAGCGACAUUCGUCGGUUUUCAGCAAAGAAUAUGUGGUCAACAAAUAUGUAAAAGAAAAGAAACGA